CCAGGAGCUCCUCCCAUUCCAAGACCCCGGGGGCCUGGGCACUGUGCAGUCCCCAGCAGCCAGCUUGACUGCACGGAGCUCGGGGCUGAAGGCUGCGUGUGUGCACACACGACUGCUGCGCGGCCGCCAACCUUCCCAGCCGCUCACGCUGGCCUCCACAGAGAUUGGGAGCAGCAGCACAGGGGGCGGGUCUGGGCUCCAGUUUAAUCUCCGACUCUAUUGGGAUUACAGCCGAAGGGUACUCUCAUCUGCAGGGUUGCUCGGCACGCACCCAGGGACUGCAAGACUUGCAACUUGGGCUUCCUGCCCCAGCCUAGAGCAGAGGCACCAGUCGGGGACAGGGGGCAAGCGAGCAGAGUCUGAGGAGUCCUCACAACGAGUCCAGCAUCGUCCCCACCUGCCCCACCAUGGAUGCCACAGAGGUGCCCAUCCAGGCCGAGAUGGUGGAGCUAGUGCCCAACGGGAAGCAUGCUGCAGUGCUCAGCGCAUCUGCCAUUGCCUCGCUGACGGGUGACAGGUUUGAUGAGAACCAGUCCAGCACAGCAGAGCUGGAGGAGUUUCUGCCCCAUGGUGCUGAGAAGAAGCAGACACACUUCACAGAUUUCGAAGGGAAGACGUCUUUUGGGAUGUCCGUGUUCAAUCUCAGCAACGCCAUUAUGGGCAGCGGGAUCCUGGGGCUGGCAUAUGCCAUGGCCAACACAGGCAUCAUCCUCUUCCUCUUCCUCCUGACUGCUGUGGCCCUACUCUCCAGCUACUCCAUCCAUCUGUUGCUGAAAUCCUCAGGCAUCGUGGGGAUCCGUGCUUAUGAACAGCUGGGCUACCGAGCCUUCGGCACACCAGGGAAGCUGGCCGCAGCCAUUGCCAUAACACUGCAGAAUAUUGGAGCCAUGUCCAGCUACCUGUACAUCGUCAAAUCUGAAGUGCCUCUUGUCAUCCAGACAUUCCUCAACCUGCAGGAGAAGACCACGGACUGGUACGUGAAUGGGAACUAUCUGGUGAUCCUGGUGUCUGUCACCAUUAUCCUGCCUCUGGCCCUCAUGAAGCAGCUCGGAUACCUGGGCUAUGCCAGCGGCUUCUCCCUCAGCUGCAUGGUCUUCUUCCUCAUCUCGGUCAUCUACAAGAAGUUUCAGAUCCCCUGUCCUCUCCCUGCACAAGAGGUGAAUGGCACAGGCAGCCUCAACUACACCCUGGUCACCACCAGCAACUACCGGAACGGCUACACCGUCCUCCAGCCCUCCGAGGAGGGUACUUGCUCCCCCAGCUUCUUCACCCUCAACUCCCAGACGGCGUACACCAUCCCCAUCAUGGCCUUCGCCUUUGUGUGCCACCCUGAGGUCCUGCCCAUCUACACCGAGCUGAAGAACCCCUCCAAGAAGAAGAUGCAGUGCAUUUCCAACAUCUCCAUCACGGUCAUGUACCUGAUGUACUUCCUGGCUGCACUCUUUGGCUACCUCACUUUCUACGGCCGUGUGGAGUCGGAGCUGCUGCACACGUACAACAAGGUGGACCCCUUUGAUGUGCUGAUCCUGUGCGUGCGGGUGGCCGUGCUGACGGCCGUGACGCUCACUGUCCCCAUUGUCCUCUUCCCGGUGCGCCGGGCCAUCCAGCAGAUGCUCUUCCAAGGCAAGGACUUCAGCUGGGUCCGUCACAUCAUCAUUGCUGUGAUCCUGCUAACCUUCAUCAACCUGCUGGUCAUCUUUGCUCCCUCCAUCCUUGGCAUCUUCGGCAUGAUCGGUGCCACAUCCGCUCCCUGCCUCAUCUUCAUCUUCCCCGCCAUCUUCUACAUGCGCAUCAUGCCCAAGGACAAGGAGCCACUGCGCUCCCCUCCCAAGAUCCUGGCAGGCUGCUUUGCCCUCCUUGGGGUGCUCUUCAUGAUCAUGAGCUUGAGCUUCAUCAUCAUCGACUGGGCCACAGGAGGCGGGAAGAGCGGAGGCAGCCACUAGCUGUCGCUGGGGGCCCGGACCAAGCUGCCCCCGCGCUGGUGCCCUGGGGAGAGCCAGCCCCAGGGACAGCCCCUGGCCCCAGCGCCUGGACUGCACCACGACCUUGUGCUGCCCAUCAGGCACAGCCAAUGCCCGCGACCUGUGCUGCCCAUCCUCACCCACUGGGGAAGGGGCCCCGCACGGCCUCACACUCACAGCAUGGGACAGAGCCCUGGUAUGUGAGGGCCUCUGGCCCGUGCGAGGGAGUGGGGUCAGCCCAGGGCCGGAGGGCCAUUGCUGUGCCCACCCCUCCAACGCAUCCCCUUCCACUGCGCGCCUCAGUUUCCCCAUCUGGAAAAUGGGGGUAACAUUUCCCUACCUCACCAGAACUGGCUGUGAGAUGAACCUCGUCUCUGGACAUGGGUAGCAUCCGGCUGCCACCAGCUGGCACCGCCAAGCACACAUGCUGGGGGGGGGGGAGGAGGGAGCGGUGGGACCCCCCGACUGUCAGCAAGAGCUCUGACAACCGGUCUUCGCAGAGGUUGUAUCUGGGGGACCAGGACAAUGCCAGGCGGGGAGCCAGGCCCCCAGCAGGGCUCCCUGGGGGCACUGCAGUGCCCUCUCUCCCUACUGCCCCACGGACUGCCAGCUCCCACCCACUCUGUCUCUUGGUGGCACCCAGGUCUAUGUGCAAGCAGGGAAACGCAGGCCUGCUGUCACGGCUGCACGGGGUCCACUACCCUUGUGGUGCCCAGAACGCUGCUACUGAAGUCGCUGGGCAGUUGUUGGCCAGCAGCCGCAUCCCCGGGACCAUACCUGAGCCCGCUGAGGGGCAGUACUCGCUCGGCACCAGCUCCCGGCCCAGGCAGAGGGGAGGUUUUGGAGCGGCUCUCCUUUAUGCCUGCCGGUGCCUGCAGCCCAGAUGCCGGGGUGACAGGCACGCACCUGCUCCAAACAGUGCCAGCAGGAUGCUGCUGCCCAGCCUGCGCCUGGGGCCAGCACCCCGGGCCCCGCACUCUUCUAUUGGGCCCCAUCGUGGGGCUCCUCCAAGCCAUGCCAAAACCGGGCAGCAGCUCCCCCUCCCUCCCUGCGCACCUUCCGGCCUGCUGCCUCCCAUGGGCGCCAAGCGGGCAGCGAACUGGGCCAGGGCUGACAAGGGCAGGCGGUGCCCGGGGGCCCUUCUGCAGUGCUGAGAUUGCUGUGCUGGGAGCAGGGCUGGGUCUCCAUGGGCUGUUGCGCUACAUAGGAGAUGCAUUUUUUUAUCGGGGUGGUGGAGCCUAGGAUGCUUUUUAUAAAUACUGUACAUACGAGUAGAUCUUUCUGGACACGUCGUGUUGCUCGCGGUAGCUCUGUCGCCAAGAGGGCAACGCUUUUAAAUUAUACGUGUGAAUGAGAGCUGUCCCAGAGAACAGUCUGACCGCUGAGCCCUCUGGCAAGAGCAAUAAAGACGAUGUGAAGCCUG